CAUGCCCUCAGUCCACUCCUCAGCAAGGAAGAGGUGUCCCAGGGUCUGCAGGAUGAUGGAAAAACCAGACAGGGCUCUAUCCUUUGCUCUGCUUUGCUCCAUCCUCUUCUUUUCAAUGGCAAGCAAGAGCCAAAAUAAGUGUCUCCUGUCAGGAACGUGGAUGAAUGACCUGGGUUCAAACAUGACCAUUGGCAAAGUCACUCCUGAUGGUGAGUUCAAGGGCACCUACAUGACCGCCGUGUCAGCCGCCGGCAAGCCAAUCCAAAGAUCGCCCCUUUAUGGAGCCCAGCAAUUGAGGCCAAAUUUCUCCUUUGGCUUCACGGUCAGCUGGACGUUCGCAAACUCCACCACCGUCUUUGUGGGCCAGUGCUUUGUCGAUAAAGCUGGGGAGGAGACCCUUCAGACUGCCUGGCUUCUGCGAAACGAAGCGAUUACUCAAGCGGACAACUGGAAGGCAACGCUGGUGGGCCCAAAUGUCUUCAAACGAAUCAAGUAAGAGGAACCAGGAUCUGGCCCUGGAUUGCUUCUGCAACUUCUGCACAGGUCCAGCCACAAGAGAGAUUCACCUUUCCUUCUCUCCGCAGCUCUGGGACGUGACUCUAUAUGUUGCAUUUUUCCAAUAAAGCACUAGCAAUGCCACACUUUG